CGGGGAAGUCCUCCUCAUUCUUCCGGCUUGAAUGUUGUUGAAAAGAAUAGACGGAUGGAAAAAAAUUAAGUCUUGCUACGAAUACGGAUAGUGGAAGAUGAGUUCUCAGCAAUUUCCCAGACCAGGAAUGCCCACUCAGACUAUCUCUGUUGGGAACACGGGCCCUGGCAUUCUGGGCUCCAACCAACCAGCUGGAGCCGGGGAAGAGAUUGGACGCGAUGCAGACCUCCACGGCCCUCAGGGCCAACCCCCCAGUGGCAGCGGUAGUGGUGGAGGAGCCCUGCCGUUCAGAGAGGACAAGCAGGACACUGUAGUGGUCAGACCUUACCCCCAGGUGCAGGCACAGACCCACAGCUUGCAGCCACAGGGUCCUGCUCUGCCCCACCAGGUGCCCAUCCAGGGGGGCUCGCCAGGCCAGCCGGUCACUGUGUCCAACACCCCGGUCCACCUCCCUCAAGGCCAACCUGCUGUCCUCACCGAAGGCCAGAUUAAGGCUGCCCUGAAGUCUCCCAUGCCCAGUCGUCUCAUCGCCCCAGCUCCAGCCACCAGCCAGGCCCAGGGGCACCUCCCUCUUCCUCUGCCCGCCAAGGUGCAGCCUGCCCUGGCUGGCCACAUUACGGUCACCCUGGAUAGCAGCAUCGCUCCAACCUCCUCCAUCCCUGUCGCUACCAUAAGCGGACAUCAGGGGCACUCCAGUAACCUGCAUCACCUGGUGCCAGCUAAUAUCCAGAUUAUCAGGGCUCCUGCUGUCCCUCAGCACACAUUCACCUCCCAUCUGCCCAGAGGGGCGGCGGCUGCAGCUGUGAUGUCCAGCUCUAAAGGUCCUACCGUUCUCCGGCCUGCGUCGGGGGCCGGCGCGGGUCCUGGUCAGUCCGCCGUACCGCACAUCCUCCACCAGCCUAUUCAGUCUCGUCCUCCGAUCACCACCUCUGCACCAGUCCUCCCCACCGUCGUGGCCCCCAUCUCAGCCACGCGGUCCCAGGCUCCCGUCAUCAACCCCACAGUCACCCACUCUGCAGAAAUGCUUCAUGGGCGUCCUGGACUGACCAUCCACCCGCCUCCAGCCACCAUUAGUAUUCAGCGCCCCCAGGCGGGGAGGGACACUACGACACGGAUCAACCUGCCCCAUCACCCUGCCAUCGGCGGACAGAAACCCCAGCCACCACACACCAUGACACAGAAAUCUAUCUUCAGUUCUGUGACUCCGGUUGUUGCAGCCACCGUGGCUCCGAUCUUGGCCUCCAAUACGCUCCCGUCCAUCGCCACGACAGGCGCGGCGCCACACACCCAGAUGAGCAGUAACACUAUUGUCACGAUGACCUCUCACCCCUCCCACCCCACAGCCGUCACCAAUUCCACCAUCCCUGUCGCUAAAGUGGUGCCCCAGCCCAUAGCUCACACCUCCCCACGGGUCCAAUCGGACUACCCUGGAGAAAGGACCAACCUGAUCUCCAUCUCCGGUCACCGCUCUUCUCCAAACCCUGUUGCCAUAGAGACCAGGAGUGAUAACAGGCCUCCUGUCCCGGUCCAGUUCCAGUACUACCUCCCUGCCUACUCAUCAUCUCAGUAUCCCCUGACCCACACCUACACCCCUAUCUCCAGUUCUGUCUCCACCAUCCGACAGUACCCAGGUGCCCAGGCCCCUAGCUCCGCCCUUCCCAGCCAGCCUGGUGUGGGCGUGGCCACUACCGUCCAUCUCAACCCCAUGCUGAUGGCAGUUGACAGGAUUGGUAUACAGUCUGCUCAGAUCAGCACCCAGGGAAUCCAGCCCCAGCCAAUAGGAGCCCAGGGCAUCCAACCCGCACCAAUGGGAGUUCAGGGGCUGCAUGGCUCUGGUCCAAUCAACACGCAGGGCAUUCAGCAGGCACCAGUCACAGGGCAGCCACAGGCACAGACUGAGGCCAAACCCACAGGAUUGCUAUUGGCUGAUGGCAGCACCUUUGUGACUGGACCAAUAGGAACCCCGUACGGCACCACACAACCUGUCGUUACCAUGGUACAGACCCACCCACAGGGCGGGGUUGGAGGCGGAGCUCCCACACUAGCCUCUUCCCCUAGACCCAGCAUCCUCCGCAAGAAGCCGGCCAAUGAAGGGUGUGUUGUUCGUAAGAGCCUGAUCCCGGCCGGGCCUGUGGAGGCCAGUGGCCGGGUGGACCUGGGCGUGAGAAGUGCCGUAUCGCCGCGACCGGCCGGGGUGAAGCCUAAAACUGAGGCGCACACGACCACGGUGGCCCCCCCCCUCCAGGCCACGGCGGCAGUGGAGGCUCUGCCCUCCCAGGGGGGAGGGGACCAGCAGGCGGCCUCCUCCCCGGCCCAGCAGCACCUGUCCCAGGCCAUCCCUUCAAGCCUGCUGGCCUCGUCUGGGGCUCUGCCCCCGUCCCAGCCCAGCUCCACCGCCCACCUCUCGGCCUUGCCGGCCGCCCUGGCGGUCACGCCGCCUGUCCCCGCCUCCACGGCCAAUACGGUGGCUUCGCCCACCCAGCCUGCGGCCAGUAGCACGGCGGCAUGCAGUGGGGGCUCCGCCCACAAAGAAGUCAAGAUCAAACAGGAGGCGGAGCCCAUGGAGACUUCCCAACCAGUGCCCCAGCCUUUGUCCGGCCCCGCCCUCAGCGCCCACCCCCACCAGUCCCUGCUCGCUGGCCCGUCCUCUGGGGACCUGGUCCCUGGCGCCUCCCCCAGGAAGAAGCCUCGUAAGCAGCAGCACGUCAUCUCCACGGAGGAGACUGAGAUGGUGGAGGCCAACAGUACGGAUGAGGACCGGGCUCCAGGGCCCCGGCCCCUGGGCAGCCGGGCGGAGAAGAGGCUGUCUCCCUCCAGGGAGUAUGUGGAUGAGGAAGGGGUGCGCUAUGUCCCCGUCAGGCCUCGCCCGCCUGUCACUCUGCUGCGUCACUAUAGGAACCCCUGGAAGGCUGCCUACCACCACUUCCAGAGGUACAGCGACAUCCGGGUCAAAGAGGAGAAGAAGGGUUCGUUGCAGGACAUGGCCAACCAGCGUGGAGUAGCGUGUCGCGCUCAGGGAUGGAAGAUCCACCUCUGUGCUGCUCAGCUGAUGCAGCUGUCGAACCUGGAGCAUGAUGUGUACAGCAGACUGACGUCUCUCCAGGAGGGUCUCAUCCCUAAGAAGAGGGCUGGAGCAGACGACGAGCUCCAUCGCAUCAAUGAACUCAUACAGGGUAAUAUGCAGCGAUGUAAACUGGUAAUGGACCAGGUCACUGAGGCCCGGGACACCAUGUUGAAGGUUCUGGACCACAAAGACAAGGUCCUUAAGCUGCUCAACAAGAACGGAGCAGUGAAGAAGUCCAACAAACUGAAGCGGAAAGAACGUGCCUAGCCUGGCCUUCCUAGGCCUCCCUCACCAACUCCGGGGGGGUCUGUUCAUUUGGACGCGCAACAACGAAAUGACCCCUUCCCAUAGGACAAGUCCAUACCCGGUCCCUGUCUGUUUUCCUGCGUUGCACACCUGAUGAACAGAACCCAGUAGUCCCCCUCCCUAGUGUGGGACGAGGUAGUACGUCUGCCCGGAGCUAGUGGUGGAACCUGUGGUGCUUUCACUGCUGUGCACAAUCAGCUCUUCCUCCGCUUAAGACCUGAGGCUGGGUCGACAGUACAAGUUACCGGGGGCUUCUGGAGUUGGAACUCGCUGGCGGGAAUGAAUCCCUGUAGGUGGAGGUUCUCACUGAGAGUGACUAUGGCAGCCUGCAAUUGGUGAUAUGUAGGUUACGUAGGCUUAAAACAACACCUUUUAUUUUGUUUAUGUUGGAAUUUUGUAAUGGUUAUUUUUUUUUUGUGUGUGUGUGUUUUGUAACGGUGGAAUUGAAUAUGUGUCUUAAGCCACAGUUAACCUUUGUAAAAGACACAUUUGAGCAAUUAAAGCAAGAAACUUAAUCGGUGUGUCCAAAUAUCAGAUGGGCUCCCCGUAGAGCCCUUCGGUACCCGCAGGCAUCAAUCUCCCGGGACGACGAUUCUGAUCUGUGACCAGUUUCCCCCUUCAGAUCGUAACCAAUACCUUCACGUUGGACAGCUGUACCUGAUUCCAGAUCUGCAAUGCUGCUCUGAGAGUCAUUAUGAAUAGGGUCCCAGACCUUCUGAGUUAGUAUCUUCUGCCUUCAUUCAGGUCAACAUACUUGUCCACAAAUCAACACACUGUAUUUUUUUUUCGAGCCGCCUGUUCUCAUUUUGGCAUUUGUAUUGUCUUCGUAUUGUGUUCUCAACUGCCGGUUUAUUUUGUUUCCGCUUUCUUCGGUUCAACAUGACGUGCAACCUCAAUAUGUAGUCGAAGUCUUACUCGUAUGAUCACUUACAUUAUAUAUAGAUUUGGCCUAACACUUCAGAUAUUUAUUUAACUAUGAGCAAGAUGGUUCAUGUGUAAUGGAGAAUUUUACACCUGUAAAUGUUUUGAAUGUGUGACUUAUGGAUCUUGGUGUGGCGGAAUACAGAAAGUUUUGUGUUUGGUUUUAAAAAUGUACAGCGCUUAAACGACCGUGCUGGGUGUGUUACUAGAAUUCCAGACACGGAUUUGUGUUGUAAAUGAAAGUGUUAUUGUUGUUUUUGACUCAUUUGGAGUACUUUACGAAAACUUGUUGUGCUGUGUAUUUGUGGCACUUUUUUGCCAACUGCAAAGAUGUAAGAUGUGGUGUGAUACGUCAAAACGUCACCUGAAAGUCUAUAUUGUACAUUGUUUCGUUUCUGUGUUAUUAUAGUAAAACCACUUCAGUGAAUAUAUUGUUUCUGAGCUGAACAAAAUACAUACUGUACAUUGUGGAUGAAAGACUGCAGUUUAUCGGCGUGGCACCAGGGAAAUAAAGGAACUUCACACA